UAUUCUCUUUCUGUCACAUUUUCUGUUUUGAUUCCUCUGAAAAAAAGUGCGGAAUUGUGUUUUUUUUUUGUGUGUGUCGAUGAAGAAAAAGCGUGUUUUAAACUAAAAUUGGUAUUAGAUUUAUAAAUAAACAAAUAGAAAUGCAGAUGCGUCAACAUUUUAAAAAUCCUGAGGAACCCUCCGAUUCGGAUGAUAUAGACGAAUUGGCAGAUGCAGAGCUAGAAGAAGAUGAAGAAAUUAUAAUAGGCAAUGUGCGCCUAGUAGAACCAUGGAGUGAUGAGGACAUUGAAGACGAACCGGAAGGCGUCGAUGCAGAAUAUGAUAUUGGCAGUGAAGAUACCGAUGGUGAUGAUAGUUCGGAAUUUGACGAAAUGGCCACAGAUUCUGAUGAAUCCAUGAAUGAAGAAGAGAAAGAAACACAAGCAAAAACGAACAAUGCACAGGCCUCCUCCAGCAAGGACAAAUCCCAAAAGGGUGAUGAAGGUGACGGUGGUGGUGGCGGUGAUGAUGAAGGCGCCAGAUCGAUUUUGGAAUUGGAUGAAAAUGAGGAAGAUGAUGAGACCGUUAAAGCUAUUAUAGCUGCCAUUAAAAAACCUAAAACCUCACCACCAGAAAUUAAAAUAGAAGAUUUUGUUACCGAUAUCUGUUUUCAUCCUGAACGUGAUAUUAUUGCCUUGGCUACCAUCACCGGUGAUGUGUCUUUAUAUGAGUAUUCCAAUGAAGGCAAUAAACUUUUAAGAACUAUUGAGGUGCAUGCCAAGGCCUGUCGAGAUGUGGAAUUUACUCAAGAUGGUCGCAACAUAUUGACAUGUUCUAAAGACAAGUCAAUAAUGGUCACUGACAUGGAAACCGAAAAACUAAAAAAAUUCUAUGAAAGUGCCCAUGAAGAAGCCAUCAAUAAAUUGCAUGUUUUAGAUGAGAACAUCUUUGCCACUGGCGAUGAUAGUGGUACCGUUAAACUCUGGGACUUGAGAACAAAAAAUGAAAUAUUCUCCUUAAAAGAAGUCGAAGACUAUAUCACCCAAAUACUCACAAAUGAUGCAGGCAAAUUACUGCUAGUAACAAGUGGUGAUGGCUAUUUGACCACCAUUAAUAUUGCAGCCAGAAAACUGUAUGUACAAUCGGAACCUUACGAAGAGGAGUUGACCUGCAUGGGCAUCUAUCGCGGUGACUCCAAACUGGUAGUGGGUUCCUCUAAGGGUAAUCUGUAUACCUAUAAUUGGGGUCAGUUUGGCUAUCAUUGUGACAAAUUUCCCGGUGUCAAGUCUCCCAUGUCCGAAAUGAUACCCAUUACGGAUCGCAUAGCCUGUGUGGCUGGUGAAGAGGGUAUCAUACGUGCCGUUCACAUAGCACCGUUUCGUAAUCUGGGUGUUGUGGGCCAACACAGUAUGCCCAUCGAAUCUUUGGAUAUCAAUCAUUCGGGAGAGUUAAUAGCCUCAUCAUCACACAACAAUGAUGUACGUUUCUGGAAUGUUAAAUACUUUGAGGAAUUUGGCGAUAUCAAAUACAAUGAGAAACAUAAUAGUUACAAAGAGAAACGUCACAACCUACCAUCUUCGAAAGUUUCUAAUGCCUCAGAUUUCUUUUCUGAUUUAGCAAAGGGUAGCGGUGAUGAAGAGUAAAUUUAGUUUUUUUUUUUUUUGUAUUCUUUUGUAAACUUAUUUAUAAAGUAAAAAUAAAUAAAAGAAAAACGUUAAGAAAUUGUUGAUAAAUA